AUGUUGAAAGAACUACAUAUAUCAUGGUGUGAAGAAUUAGUUAACAUUGUUGAAGAAGACAAUGGAACAAAGGAUGAUGAUCAUUUGCGCCAUGAGCCAUGCUUUCCCAACUUAGAACAAGUCUCUGUCUUGUCUUGUGGCAAAUUGAAGUACCUGUUUUCUAUCAGAAGACAAGAUGAGAUGAAAGAGAUGGUCAUGAAGGAUGUGCUUCCACAACUAAGUCAAUUGAAACUAUGGCUUCUUCCCAAACUUGUUAGCAUCUGCCAUGGGAUUGAUUUUCAAACUGUGAGAGAAAAUGAUAAGACGAGCGUGAUUGAUUGUCCCAACUUUUCUUUUUAUGAAACUUCAACUACCCAUUUUCAAGCAAGCUCUGAAACAAUAUAUUCUCAAGUUGAAGAAAAAGCAGAGGAGAAGCUUUCAUCUCAUUUGAGUACCGAAAAAUCUUUAAAUACGGGAGAAGCAACACAACAACCCCUCACAAAGGAUGCACCAUCUCAUACAAGUCCGAACCUCAAUGUUCUUCCUACAAGAGACAACACUCAUGCAAGUGCCAAAAGUUUUGAAGAGAAAGAAGAAGAAGAGGGAGAUGAUGCUCAAGUUUCUGACAAAUCCCUUGCCCAUGCCAUUGUCUCAAGUGGAAGUGAUAAUUUAAGAGUUGAUCCAGAAAUUACAACUACUCAGCUUUCUAAUCACUCUCAAAAUCAAGAUUCUGAAGUUGGGGAAGAGGCAGAGCAUAAUCUUUCUCCCCAUUCAAAUGGAAGACAAGCCAUGGAAUCACAACAAUCCACAACUGGUGGCUUGAUAACUUUACCACAUCAUCAAAGCGAGGUAAAAGUAAAGAGAUCUUUAUUGAAAGAGAAGCCUGAGAAUUCCGUUCAUGAUGGGACAAAGUCAAAUGUUGUUGAGGAUGCAAAGUUGCCAUUGUCACCAUUUUCUACAGCUAUAGAGAUGAUGCCUUCUCUUCCGGAAGCCAAUAAUCAAGCUUCAACUAUUUCUAGAGUACAAGAAAUAGUCGAUAUGAUGAAGACUCCUUUCACUAUCACCGAGGCAGACAAGAGGAUGCUGGCUGAGCAUUUGAAGGAUGCUUAUCUUUUGGGUUUUGACAAGGAUUGGAUUGAGUCUAUAAAGAAUAAGGUUUUUUAUGGUGAGAUAUGUGAAGUUGAUAGCAUCCAAAAUGUUCUAGGGGGUUUAGACAAUGAUCUGCGGAGCAAUGAGGCAAUGCUUGAAGCUAUUCGUGAUGAGGAAGUUGAGGCUGCAAGAGCUGCACAAGUGGCUCAACAAGAGCAUGCCAAUGUUAUGGCUCGUCAUGCUCAUCUUCUAAAAGAACGUCAAGAUAUCAUAGAACGAAGGCAACAAUGUUGGGAGAUAAUUGCUGCUAAACAUAGGCCUUUUGGAUUUUAG